CGAGCCCCACCCCGCUCCGCAAGUGCGGCGUCACGUGACCGCUGGCUCCGGCCCCCAGGGCCUGGUUGCUGGUUCCGCGCUCCGGCGGCUGUUCUCGCUCCGCGCGGGCGAGCGGCAGAGGUGGAGAUGGCAGCCGCCCUGCAGCGCGUCGAACGGCUGUCCAGUCGGGUGAUUCGCGUCCUGGGCUGUAACCCGGGCCCCAUGACCUUGCAGGGCACCAACACCUACCUGGUGGGGACCGGCCCCAGGAGAAUCCUCAUUGACACUGGAGAACCAGCAAUUCCAGAAUAUAUCAUCUGUUUAAAGCAGGCUCUGACAGAAUUUAACACAGCAAUCCAGGAAAUCAUAGUGACCCAUUGGCACCGUGAUCAUACCGGAGGCAUAGGAGAUAUUUGUAAAAACAUCAAUAAUGACACUACAUACUGCAUUAAAAAACUCCCACGGAAUCCCAAGAGAAAAGAAACUGUAGGAGAUGGAGAGCAACAGUAUGUUUAUGUGAAAGAUGGAGAUGUGAUUAAGACUGAAGGUGCCACGCUAAGAGUUAUAUACACACCUGGCCACACUGAUGAUCAUAUGGCCCUACUUUUAGAAGAGGAAAAUGCUCUCUUUUCUGGAGAUUGCAUCCUAGGGGAAGGAACAACCAUAUUUGAAGACCUCUAUGAUUAUAUGAGCUCCCUAAAAGAGUUAUUAAAAAUCAAAGCUAAAGUUAUAUAUCCAGGACAUGGCCCAGUAAUCCAUAAUGCCGAAGCUAAAAUUCUACAAUACAUUUCUCACAGAAAUAUCCGAGAACAGCAAAUUCUUACAUUAUUUCAUGAGAACUUUGAAAAGUCAUUCACAGCAAUGGAUCUUGUAAAAGUUAUUUACAAGGCUACUCCUGAGCAUUUACAUAAAAUGGCCGAACAUAACACCUUGCUUCAUUUGAAAAAAUUAGAAAAGGAAGGAAAAAUAUUUAGCAGCAUGGAUCCUGAGAAGAAAUGGAAAGCUCAUCUUUAGUUUCAGCUUAAAGAAAGAUUUUGUUGUUUUGUUUUUAGAGAAUGGUAUGUUUUGUUAAUUAUUAAUUAUUUACAGAGAAUAUAGCGUGUGGAACAUUGAAAAUAAUCCUAGAUAUACUUUAAAAUAACAUCAUACUUAUUCUAAAGUAUGUAAAUUACAUUUUACACCUAUAAUAUUAGCUAUUUGUCUCACCUAGGUGUUAUAACAUUUUACCAAAAAUUCAAAAUCCAACAGUUUAUCCAUUUUCAAUACAUAAAAUAAGUUUCUUUUAAAAUAAUAAAAUUUAUGUCAUUUAAACUGGAUAUUAUUCUUAGAGGUUAUUUACCUAUUACCAGUGGUCGGUAAUAACUGUUUUUUCUAGCUGCUUCAAUUAACAGCACAUUUCAGUGUAAUCCUUCCUUUUCUGCAACCUUUGUCUAUAUCUGUAGAUUACAGGCUUGUUUUCAUGUUUCUAUCAAUUAUAUCAUGUAUCAGUUCUAUACCUCUGUAUCACGUAUAUUUUCUCAUAGUGGCAUCCCACAAAUGAUUCAUGUAAAUCAACUUCUGGUAAUAGAAAAAUAUUAAAUUCCCAAUUAAAGUCAUUGUAUAUAAAUAAUUAUUUCUGUAAUCCAUUAGUACAACCAACUUACUUUCCAAAUUUAGGUUUUCAUAUAUAGUCAUCAACAUAUAUAUGAAUUAUAUACCAAAGUUUUUUAAAUUAGAAUAUUAUAGGACAGAAUUUUUUAUAAGUAGUGUUUUUAAACAGUGGUUAGGGGGCUUCCCUGGUGGUGCAGUGGUUAAGAAUCCACCUGCCAGUGCAGGGGACAUGAGUUCGAGCCCUGGUCCGGGAAGAUCCCACGUGCCGUGGAGCAACUAAGCCCGUGCGCCAUGACUACUGAGCCUGCACUCUUAGAGCCCAUGAGCCACAACUGCUGAACCCGCGUACCACAACUACGGAAGCCCGUGCGCCUAGAGCCCGUGCUCCGCAACAAGAGAAGCCACGGCAAUGAGAAGCCCGCGCACCGCAACGAAGAGCGGCCCCUGCUCGCCGCAACUAGAGAAAACCCGCGCGCAGCAACGAAGACCCAACGCAGCCAAAAAUAAAUAAUUUUUUAAAAAAUAGAUAAGCAACAAGCAUACCUAUUUAAAAUAAAUAGUGGUUAGGUUCUAAGGUAGCCCACCAAUGCUUAUUUAACCCAUAAG